AAAAAAUGGGUAGCGGUCCUGUCCAGAGAACACCCAACACUGGCAUUCAGAGCCAGCAUUACUAACUGUUUUGGUAAAGGAGAUCUGAUUUCCCUCCUUCGUCAGUUUGGAAAGCUCCACAAGGAUAAAAAACAAAUCAGCAUUGGCCUGAUUGGCUAUCCUAAUGUCGGGAAGAGUUCUAUUAUCAAUGCACUGAAGUCAAAGAAAGUGUGCAAUGUUGCUCCUAUCCCAGGAGAGACCAAGGUCUGGCAGUAUGUGACGCUGAUGUCCAACAUAUUCCUUAUUGACUGUCCAGGUAUUGUGUAUCCUGUAGGGGCCACACCUGUGGAUAUGGUUUUGAAGGGGGUGGUGCGAGUUGAGAAAGUAAAUCAGCCCGAGGAUUACGUUCAAGCAGUGCUAGACAGGGUGAAGAAAGAGUAUGUGCACAAGACAUAUGGAGUUGAGAAUUGGGAGAGCCCAGAGGACUUCUUGGAACAAGUAGCCAGAAAGUGUGGUCGGCUGUUGAGAGGGGGAGAGGCUGACAUCAGCACUGUUGCCAAAAAUGUGCUCAACGACUAUCAGAGAGGAAAGAUCCCUUAUUUUGUCCGCCCACCGGAGUCAGAGAAACUGGGAUACUUAGGGAAAAAGAUAGCUCAGGUUAAACAAAACCUUAAGGAUAUCAAUGCUCAAAGAAUAGAAAGGCAGCUCAAAAAGAAAUCAGUUGAGGAUGGAGAGUCUGGCACUGUGGACAAGGCAACCACUGUGAAGAAAGAAACGCAGCCUAAUUUUAUUGAACUGGCAUCUGAUGAUGUAAAAUCUUCUGAGUCCAAAAAUGUAAAAGACAAGAAGAAACCAACUGUUGCUAAAACUCAGAAUAAAACUGUAAAUGUGUCAAAUUCCCCAACUACCCCUGCAACAGGAAGUCCAGCAUUAUCUCGGAAGAGGAAAUUGAUGCCAGCAGACACAGAAAACUCUCCAUCACAGACAUCAAAGCAAGAGAAGCGGUCUGCUGGCUCGAUAGUUGCCACAGCCAGUGGAGCCAUGAUUGUCAGUGACCUAGAAACCACUCCUACAGUAACCAGCUGCUUUAAGAAAAGUGAGGGAAAUGUCCAUCACCACACCUUAUUAAACCAUGACCUAGUAUGUGUGCAGGCCUCACACUUGACACCUCCAUUUGGAAACAUCUCUCUAAAUAUUUGUCUCCCUUUCAUUUACAAUUUAGGUGCAUUUGUAGCCAACCAGAAAGGUGCGGCUAGUGGAUCAUCUGCCAAACGGAGACAGAAAACUAGAGAACAAGAUGCAGAGAUUGAUGGAGAGAGCCCAAGAUUGACAGGAUUGGCGAAACGUCGUGUGCAGAGACGGGAGAUCAUGGGCAUGAAUAAAAAGAAUGAUUUCUAUAAAGAAAAGGACAUCAAGAACAGGAGAAAGCACAGAUGA